CAGCAGGCAGAGAGAGAGAGAGCCUUCCUUUCCGGAUUCUCUAUUUCCUUUCCUCAUUCCCAAUCUUCGAUCCUUCCCUAAAAACAACUGACGAGAGAUCGAUGAUGAUGAAGAUGCCUUGGAGAAGGAAGAGCAGGAGCUUCUAUCUUCAGCUACAAGGGGCAAUUGGUACCAUUCAAUCUCCAUUCCUAUUCUUAUUUACCAAUUAUUGCCAUUCUUCUACUUCCACACUUGAAGAUGCACGCUUCUUGACAAAUAAUUUCAAAUCUGCUUCUUUUACCCACCUUGAUGAUGCCAUUGCUUCCUUCAAUCAUGUAAUUCAUAAGCAUCCUCUGCCUUCUAGGUUUCCAUUUAAUAGAUUCUUAUCUGCCCUUGUGAAAAUGAAACAAUACCACACUGUCCUUUCCAUGUCCAAAACAAUUGAAUUGCUAGGAAUCUCACACGAUGUUUAUUCUCUUAGCAUUUUAAUUAAUUGCUUCUGCCACUUACACCUUGUGGAUUUUGGCUUCUCUGUUUUUGGUAAGAUGCUCAAAUUUGGAUUGGAGCCUAACGUUGUGACAUUUACUACCUUAAUUAAUGGGCUUUGUACGGAGAGUAAAAUCGAUAAAGCAGUAGAAUUUUUCGAUGAUAUGGUUGCAUGUGGUUGUCAACCUGAUGUUUAUACUUACAAUACCAUAAUAAACGGAUUGUGUAAAUUUGGGAAGACAAAUGUGGCAAUUGGGCUACUAAAGGGAAUGGCUGAUAGAGGUUGUGAGCCAGAUGUUGUGACAUACAAUGCAAUCAUUGACACCCUUUGCAAAGAUGAGCUAGUUGGUGAGGCUUUAGAGCUCUUCUCUCAAAUGAGGAAUAAGGGCAUUUCACCAAGUAUCAUCACUUACACUAGUUUAAUUCAUGGUGUUUGCAAAUUAGGCCAAAAGAACCAAGCUUUGGCCUUGAUGAAUGAAAUGGUGGAGCAGAACAUAUCACCUAAUGUUUAUACCUUCAGUGUAUUGAUUGACGCUCUUUGUAAGGAUGGAAUGGUUUCAGAGGCUCAAAAUACUUUCAAUGUAAUGAUUCAAAGAGGUGUAGAGCCUAAUGUGGUUACCUACAAUUCCUUAAUCGAUGGUCUUUGCAUUUCAGACCAAUUGAAGGAAGCUUUGGCCUUGUUGAAAGGAAUGAUGGGGAGGAACAUAUCCCCUGAUGUUUUUACCUUCAAUAUAUUGAUUGACACUCUUUGUAAGAAAGGACUAGUUUCAAUUGCACAGAAUGUAAUCAAAAUAAUGAUUCAAAGAGGUGUGGAACCUAAUGUUGUCACUUAUAAUUCAUUGAUGGAUGGAUAUUGUCUGUGCAAGCAAAUUGAUAAGGCUAGAAAGGUAUUUGAUCUUAUGGUGACCAAUGAAAUAGCUGACAUUUUUAAUUCCAUUGCUGGCAGAGAGCCUUCCUUUUCCGAUUCUCUAUUUCCUUUCCUCAUUCCCAAUCUCCGAUCCAUCCUCAAAACAACUGACGAGAGAUCGAUGAUGAUGAAGAUGCCUUGGAGGAGAAAGAGCAGGAGCUUCUAUCUUCAGCUACAAGGGGCAAUUGGUACCAUUCAAUCUCCAUUCCUAUUCUUAUUUACCAAUUAUUGCCAUUCUUCUACUUCCACACUUGAAGAUGCACGCUUCUUGACAAAUAACUUCAAAUCUGCUUCUUUUACCCGCCUUGAUGAUGCCAUUGCUUCCUUCAAUCAUGUAAUUCAUAUGCAUCCUCUGCCUUCUAGGGUUCCAUUUAAUAGAUUCUUAUCUGCCCUUGUGAAAAUGAAACAAUAUCACACUGUCCUUUCCAUGUCCAAAACAAUUGAAUUGCUAGGAAUCUCUCACGAUGUUUAUUCUCUUAGCAUCUUAAUUAAUUGCUUCUGCCAUUUACACCUUGUGGAUUUUGGUUUCUCUGUUUUUGGUAAGAUGCUCAAAUUUGGAUUGGAGCCUGACGUUGUGACAUUUACUACCUUAAUUAAUGGGCUUUGUAUAGAGUGUAAAAUGGACAAAGCAGUGGAAUUUUUUUAUGAUAUGGUUGCUGGAGGUUAUCAACCUAAUGUUUAUACUUUCAAUGUGAUAGCAAACGGAUUGUGUAAAUUUGGGAAAACAAAUGAGGCUAUUGGGCUACUAAAGGGAAUGGCUGAUAGAGGUUGUGAGCCAGAUGUUGUGACAUACAGUGCAAUCAUUGAUGCCCUUUGCAAAGAUGAGCUAGUUGGUAAGGCUUUAGAGCUCUUCUCUCAAAUGAGGAAUAAGGGCAUUUCACCUGAUGUCAUCACUUACACUGGUUUAAUUCACGGUGUUUGCAAAUUAGGCCAAAAGAACCAAGCUUUGGCCUUGAUGAAUGAAAUGGUGGAGCAGAACAUAUCACCUGAUGUUUAUACCUUCAAUGUAUUGAUUGACGCUCUUUGUAAGGAUGGAAUGGUUUCAGAGGCUCAAAAUACAUUCAAUAUAAUGAUUCAAAGAGGUGUAGAGCCUAAUGUGGUCACCUACACUUCUUUAAUUGAUGGUCUUUGCAUUUCAGACCAAUUCAAGGAAGCUUUGGCCUUGUUGAAAGAAAUGGUGGGGAGGAACAUAUCCCCUAAUGUUUUUACCUUCAAUAUAUUGAUCGACAAUAUUUGUAAGAAAGGACUGGUUUCAAAUGCACAGAUUAUAAUCAAAAUAAUGAUUCAAAGAGGUGUGGAACCUGAUGUUGUCACUUAUAAUUUAUUGAUGGAUGGAUAUUGUCUGUGCAAGCAAAUUGAUAAGGCUAGAAAGGUAUUUGAUCUUAUGGUGACCAAUGAAAUAGCUGACAUUUUUAGCUACAACAUUUUGAUCAAUGGAUAUUGUAAGUGCAAAAUGAUAGAUGAUGCAAAGGAACUUUUUGAUGAAAUGUCUCAUAAAGGUUUAGUUCCUGAUGUUGUUACUUAUUCUACUCUUAUAGAGGGUAUGUUUCAAGCAGGGAGGCCCCAAACUGCACAAGAGCUCUUUAAGAAUCUGUGCUCUCAUGGUCAACAGCCAAAUAUAGUAACUUUCUCAAUUAUGAUUGAUGGCUUGUGUAGACAGGGGAAUCUCGAUGAGGCACUCACACUAUUGAAAGAAAUGGAGAAAAGUCAGUUGAAGCCUAAUUUUGUAAUCUAUAGCAGUCUGAUCAAUGGUAUGUGCAAAGUUGGGAAGAUUAAUGAUGCCAAGGAACUUUUUUCUAGUCUUUUUGAAAUGGGUUUACAACCUGAUGUUUAUGUAUAUAGUGCAAUUAUGAAAGGACUCUGCCAACAAGGAUUAAUGGAUGACGCGUAUAAGGUAUUUAAAGACAUGGAAAAGGUAGGAUGUUUACCAAAUAAUUGCUGUUAUAAUAUCAUCAUUCAAGGGUUUCUCAAGCAUGAGGAUUUACCAAAAGCAUCAGAACUAAUCAACGAAAUGGUUGAUAAGGGGUUCUCUGCUGAUGCUGCUACCACAGAAUUGGUAGUACAUUUAUCGCUGAAUAAUGAUCUCAUUCUAAGCAAACUACGAAAUCGUUCUAAGGCUUCUAAUGGGGUGCAAUGAGGGAUUAGCAAAUUAAAGUUGUUAUAUCUUGACCGUUCAAGGGUGUCUUGGAGAGAAACUUGGUAAUUUGCCUUCUUCAAAUGUAGUAGUGGAAACCAUGAUAUGUGUGUUCCUUUCGCUUGAACUGAGACAUGGACUAGAUCUCUUUGGAUAUAAGGUUGUUGAUGACUGGAGGUCAUAGAUUUCUAAUGAUCAAGUUGCUGGUAAACCCACCAUCUUCCUUACAAUUUUUUUUGGGCUGCUACUACAGCCUAAACUCGAGAGCUCAGUCCUAAGAAUGAGUUGAGAACUAAAACUAAUUGAUUCCAUGCUACAAUGCUUAAGAAUCUUUAUCUAUUUUACUUUUGUGCUCAAUGACCUUUUAAAAUGCUAUCAAUUUUCUUGUAGCUACUUGCUAGGAUAUGAUUACAACUUCACCUUUCUAAACAUAAAGGUAUAAGCAAUUCGUUUUUGCUUGAUUAUUAUAUUUUUAAUAAUAAUGAAAAUAGUGAUUAUAAACAAGUGGAGCUUUAAUGGAGAAUUGAUUUAGCAACUAGACUACCCUAUAAAUGCAGGGUGCAGGAUAUGCAGCCCCAUAAUACAAGUGUAGUGGUUGAGAAAUCUACCAUUUUUCUUUAUCGGUUUCUUGGUUGACAGAAAUCUAGCAAUUAUAGUUGUUGAGAUUGUUGAAUCAUGUGAUAGUAAAUUAGUUACAAUGGCUGUAUAUUAAGGAAAAAUACUUAGGAAAUCAUCUCUGUAUGAUAUAUCUUUAUGAUAUAAUAAUAAUACAAUCAAGUAUGAUCAUUUUGUCAAUAUGGUAUAUAACAAAUAUAUUUUAGACCACCUAUUGAGUUAUUUAUAUGGUGCAUUUUGUGAUACGUUUGUAUGGUGUUAUGAAGGGGAAACACAUUGUUUCUUACUGUUUGAGAAAAGUUAGGCAAGAAAAGUUGCUUUGGUUGUUUCUUUUCUCCUUUCAGCUGUACAUUAAGCGAGAUUUUGUGUUUAGCACAUUGUAAACUUUGUAAUAUACUCAAUAAAAUUUUCUUUGAGCUUUUGUUU